AUGUAUUUCGACACCAUUAAUACUCAAACAUAUCGUCCACGUCGUACCACUCAAAAUAAUAUUCCAUCAAGAUUUCAAUCAACACCUCCGACACCUGUUCAUCAUAAACGUAAACAGACAAAUGGAAAUAUACGAAUCGGUAAACGACCGAAAAUUAAUCCACAACCCAAACAAGUUGCGUCAUUCGUUCGGCCCGAUCUGCCUUCUUCGUCCACUACAAUUAGAUACCAAGAUAUGAAUGGCUCAACAACGCGCACUAUUUCAACUCCAUUUCAACAAGGCGGUGGCCGUGGACGGGCCCGUGAUCGUGGUAAUUUUUCUGACAGUACACGUAUACCAUUUCGUCAAAGAAAUCAAAAUAUUCAUGUUAAUAUGGGUGAAAGUGAUCACGAUGAAUAUGAUGAACAACCUGAUUUAACACAUCGAGAGUCAUAUUCGAAUGAAAAUGACCAUCAGACGGCCAACGAAAAUGAUGAAGUCUUGCAACCUCAGCAACUGCUAACGAAUGAUAACGUUAAUGAAAACGAGGAACAGGAAGAAGUCGAAGCAGGAGAGCAGCAAGAAGCUGAUGAACUGCGUGUUAAUUCAAAUCAAAAUAAUAAUCGUCAAAAUAAUCGCCACAAACAAAAUAGCAAUCAACAAUUUCAGCAGUUACGCCAAGGUAUGUUUGUAAGACUGAUCUAUCGUUAAUGUAGCCCCGAAAGGUUUGAUCGUUCUCGAAAACUAGGGUAUCUUGUUUUUAGAGAAGCUGAAUGUUGUCUUGGUUUUUCGAUAGAGAAACCGUUUGUGCUUUGUUUCUCUCAUAGAGUUUGACCCAUAUAAGGGCGAGUUCUGGUGAACAAACUCACAUCCGACCAAAGCAAGUUUCUUACACCUGCGUCUCAGAUCUGCUUCUAUCGCUUGAGCAAAUCAUUGAAUCUGCCACCUUAUAAAAAAGCCUUUUUAUGUUAAUCCCGAGUGCUCAUCUCCUUAUUUGUGAUUUAUUUUGAGGGAAAUAUUUUUGUAGCGCUUCCUCAGUGAUUUUUUUCUGAUUCACACAUGAUAAUUUUCUCUGAUUUUUC